UCUGAAAUAUGUUAAAAAUCUCAUGAAUUUUCUUGCAUAUAAGAAAGCAACUGAUGAAACACGUCAUUUAUCUACACUUUAAAUCUGUUAAUCGUUGUAAAAUGUUCUCCAUUUUAACUUGUAGCAUUACUGCUUUGGAUCCUUUAAAAGAUUUAGCGGUUUCCUUUCUGAACCUUCACUGACUUUAAAUAUUUUUAUAUGCAAAGAAAAUAAAGUUAGUUUUAUUGCAUAAAUGGAAGUAAACUGAAGUGAACUUGGAGCCUGGGGAUAUGGGUUGUUCUGUGUUAAUGUGUCAGAACUUUGUCAGUAAAUUCAUCAAGAUAAGAUGAAUUUACUGACUCAAGUCUUUCCACUGUGACCUGAGGUUUGGUUUCUAACCUUGGUGGUUCAUGGAAACCAGUUUGGUUCUCUGGUUUCUUUGCCACAUUAGGACGUCUGUUUGUGAAAGUUCUUUAUUUACUUGCUCCACAUAUUUACUGUGGAACUGUAAAACAAUGUAAAUGUGUAUUUUAUUCUAAACAAUAUUUUUUGUUUGUAUUUAAUGUGUUUUUAUCUGGUUCCUCAUUUCGCUGAUGUCACAAAACCACAGCAGGUUUUGGUUUAAAGUUAAACAGAUUGAGAUCAGAAAGACUUCAGAUCUGUGGGAACAAAAAAUACUUAUUUUAAAUUCUGUUGCAUCUUUCUGUGGUAGCCAUCAUGCACUGAAUAGAGACUAAAUUCUGCAGGAUAAUAACAAUAACAGCUGAUUUCUGAGCAUCAAAAACAUCAAACUGAAAAAUAUCAAAAUGACGAGUCAUUGUUUUUCAGGCAAUAGACAAUUUUAUAACAUCCUAAUAAUCUGUCUGGAUAUUUGCAUUUUCCAUUAUAUCUCUGAACAGAUUCCCUUUGCUUUGUGAUCUGAGUUCAUUUGAAAAGAUUCAGUGAAACAUUAUUUUCUACCAACAGGUAAACAUUUGUUUAAGCUGCAUAUCAAUGUUACUCACUGCUGUUUUGUUAUGACGUUUUCCACAGAAACUCGACCAUGAAGAGGAAAUAUAUGCACUUCUACUUUUAUGUGGCUUUAACAGGCAGCUUUGGGUGAGGAAGUCAGGCGAACAAUGCCUUUCCUUGGAACGCUAUUCAUUUUUGUGCUGCAGUUUGAAGUAAGUGUCUGUGCUGUAUAUAAAAUGGAGACCUACCGUCCGCUUGGGCAGGACGUAGUUUUGUUGUGUCAACUUCCUCAAUCUGACCCACAUUUUGAGGUUAAAUGGCGUCACGGCGGAGAAACUCUUGUGAUGAACGGGACGGUGACGGACGCUUCGUCUCGAGGAGGAAGGCUGAGUGUGAACAUUAACGGAUCUCUCAUCAUCAAGAAAGUUACGGCUUCAGACGCCGGUGUCUACACAUGUCAGUUUCCAAAGGUCACCAGCAGUUUGGACAAUUCGCUGUGUCUUCUGUCCAUUUCUCCAUCUCCACCAGAUUCUGAGUGUAAAAAGGACAAAAUCAUGGAUUUAAAUUGCUCUCUGAUUUGCAACCCCAUCUCAUGUGGAGAGGGCAGCAUCGUCUGGCUGAAUGAAACUGGAAAUGUGUUGCAAGAAAAGAAAGUUGGUCAGAACUUGGAUACAGGCUGCAGUUCAGUUCUCACUGUGAACCGUCUGAUGGGAAACUACAGGAGAUACAGCUGUCGGUUUGUUCAGAAAGACAAGGUCCAGGCGGAGGUUCACUACACGCCUGUCUUCUCGGAUUCCACAGACUGGCCCGUUCCGAGCUGCAUCCUGCUGGUUCUGCGCAUCGCAGGACUGAUCCUGAUGAUCUGUGUUGUUGUUGUUGUUUACAUCAGAACCAGAGGAAGCAAGAAGCCACCGAAGGACAUCAAUGUUCAUUUCGUCUGCAGAGAGGAUUCACUGAACUAUGAAAAUAUUGAAGUCUGUUCUUCUGCUGUGAGUCGCUGAACUCAUCACAACAAGCUUCACAUAUGAACUUUAACUAUCUAAAGUUUUUAAUGCUGCAUUACUAUUUAAAUGUAACAUCACAUGUGUCAAACUCGAGGUCCGUGGGCCAGAAAUGGCUCGCCCGAAGAUUUCAUGUGGGCCUCCAAACUGUAGAAAUAGAAUCUAAUAUUUUUUUUAAUAUAUAUAUAUAUAUUAUUUUAUCAGUCAAAUGAACAGUUUUAUAUGUAUUGUGUAAAAUUAGAUAAAGGUGAAAAUAUGUUAAAUAUUUAAUUUCAAGAAGUUCUCAUCGAAUGCAGAAACAGCUAUUAAUAUUUUAAGUCUUUUAAUAAUUUCAUCAACACAUCCCGCCUCAAAUUCACAUUCUAGAUCUUGAUCUGACCCAAAAUGAAAAUGAGUUUGACGACCAGCUCGACAUCAAGUUAUCAGCAAAGAACAUCUGAAAGUAAUCAGAUUAAUUCUGUUUUUACAGGAAGGAAAAAGACACAAACGCAAACUUUUAAACAUGAUUAAAUGCAAAUAUAGUUUAAGUUGACUUUUUAAAAAUAAACUAGCUGAUAAAUUGAAGCUACUUUUGAUGAAAUAUAAAGCACUCCUCUUGGAUAACUUGUUUUUCUGUAAGCGGUACAUAAAGGAGCAGCUUUAUGUAUUUUCUGUAGUUAAUAUUUUGAUCAUUUGCUGGACGAGAGCAAAUCUAGCUGGAAACUAAGUUUUGUUUUUUUUCUAGCACUGAAUAGAAAUCAUCUGUGGUGGACUUGAUGUUAAACACUUGGAUUAAAGCUGAUUAUACUUGAAGAUUUUGUCUUUAUGCUUUUUUUAAUAUUGAAACAUUAAACAUUAGUGACAGAGUUCUGAGAAUGUGACAGGAAGCAGGAUCCUGACUGCAGUCUCAGUUUUUCUUUCAGCUGGAUCCUCUUUAGUUUCACUGAAACUGAUUUUGUUAACCCAAAAAGCAAACAGUCAAAUAUUUUUACUGCACAUAUUAUACACAAUGUAACACAAUAUGUUACAUUGUACAUAUGGUGUAAGUCCAAAAACAUACACCAUAAACUUUUAAGAUGGAUUAUUGUACAGUUAAUUGGUUUAUUGGUUAUAAUAUGUGAAUACUUUGGAAAAAAGUAAAAAUCAAAUCUUGGUGCCAAAUGAACUAUUCCUCUGAAAGGAAUGAGAAAAACACAUAAAGGAGAAAAAACAUUUCAGUUAUUUGUGGUUCAAAAUCACAUUGACAAUCAAAUAAAUGCUGAUGAAGAUGAAUUGUUGGGUUUUUCUGAACUCAUCAGUAAGUUGGUCACAAACAGGAAAUAAGAGAAACAUCUUCAGAAAACUGAGACGCCGCGCCGCGUUCAGCCAAGUACACCUCUCCAAGUACACCUCGCUGCAGCAAACAGAAUGGGGCGGGGUCGGACAACUGUCAGUCCCAUACCUUAUAUGGAAAUGGUGGGGACGGACCACUGUCCCUCUCAUACCUUAUAUGGAAAUGGGACUAUUUCAUUCCGGAAAUGAAGGGGGCGCUAGUGA